CCGGGUGGAAUAUUCUAGUUCAAGUGCUCAAGGAACCACCCAACAAAACCCCUCCCUUUUCCUGAAAACGCUCUCUAUUUGCUUCAGUCCUUUCCGAAACAAAAACCAAAAACCUUACUCUUUCUCCGAUCUUUACAUACAUUUUCCCGAGAAUGAGCUCCGCUAGCAACUCCAAAACCCCAAAAAUUUUCUCACCACCCAAACAACCCCAUCCUCUCCUAAACCUACAGCAAGCAGUCUCUGAUUUCCAAACUCACUGCACUUCUCUCUUCCAACAAACUCACCAUCAGUUGAAGGACGCUUUUAAUUCCACUUUCGCUCAAUUUAAUCCGCCUUCUUUUUCUCCAAAAGGCCCAGUUUUUGCUCGAAUUGCUGAUUCUAGUAAGACCCAGAUUUAUUUGAGUAAAAAGUCAGGGGCUGCCAUGUCGACUGAGGCAAUAGAAGAGAGAUUGGCUGGGAUUCCAGUUUAUGCUUUGAGUAAUUCAGAGGGGGAAUUCCUGUUGGUUUCGGGUGUUUGGAAUAAAAUAUCACUUGGGUUGUUGUGUUUCAAGAAGGAGGAUGCUGAAGCUCUUUUGGAACGGAUGAAGAGUAUAGAUCCCGGCAUGAGAAAAGAACGUUCUAAAGUGGUUGCCGUUGCUCUCAACAAGGUUUUCGAGCUGAAGGUUGACGGUGCGGCACUCAGGUUGAUACCAGAGUUGACUCAGAUCAAGAAUGCACUUAGAGAAAGGGAAAAAGCUGGUUUCUCUGAUGAUAGCUUCCCCGGUGUUCCAGUUUUCCAGUCCAGGAGCUUGGUAUUAAGAGCUGAAAAUAAGAGCUAUCGACCAUGUUUCUUUAGAAAGGAGGAUUUAGAGCAAUCACUUCUACGAGCAUCCCGCCAACAGAAUCAAUUGAAUCCUGCUGUUAGACCGGGAGAUAUUCAGGUUGCUGUUUUUGAGGAAAUAAUUAAGGGAAUGAAAGACAGUUCCAUGACAACAUGGGAUGACGUUGUAUUCAUUCCUCCUGGUUUCGAUGUUUCAACUGAUCCCACCCAACUACAAUAGAUGAUCUGUCAGGAUUAUGCUGACCUUCUUCAGCUAUGGAGACAAGCUUGAUGCUCAGUGCUCUUUCCCCCAUUAGUUCUGUUCCGAUCUUGUUUUCCCUCAGAAGUAGAAUGUAAUAUUUGUCUUGCACAUCAGUUUGAAACCCAUGGAUCUAAUACUUAAAAAGGAGAAAGGGAAAGAAGAAAAAUUAGGACAUAGUCCUUUGCUCCUAACUCCACUGCCACCACAUCAAUGAACUAUAAAUCUACUACCUUUAAAGCAUGUCAAUUUUCACUGUCAAUUUGUGAGGAACUUGACUGCCAAUGUGGCUUUGAUUGCUUGUUAAAAAAUGCUCAUUUCACUUUCACAAUGGAGUCUUAAGCAUAGCUAUUAGAGUGUU